AGCCUGUUCUUCGGGAGCGACGUGUAAAAGACACGUGCCGUUCAUGUAAUUAUCUAAAGCCAUCUGAAGCUCGCGCGAAGCUUGCGUCGAUUUUGCUACGAGUUCUCACAGUGCGUUCUCACAGGGCGGAUCAUGUGCGACAUGUUACCGAUGCUGGAAGUAAACUCUCUGUUUCCGUUCAACCCCAGCCUGAACGAUGAAAUCCAGCGGCUGUUCGACGUCACCCUCAAUAUGAGGCCUCUACCAACCGUUGAUGAGGUAAUGGAAGAUUUUCGGCACAAUGGUCGUGACUUCGAAUAUUGUCCGGAUGUGGAUACAGACGUGUCAAAACAGAAUGCGUCACGGCGAAAAAAAAAUAAAAAACCCUUACCAACGGAAUGCGUUUUCUGCAGAAACAACGGGGAAGAGGAAACGUACUAUCGGCAACACUUGCUGAAAGACGUCGAUGGACGCGUUGAAUGUCCUGUUCUCAGGGCUUAUACGUGCCCGAUCUGUGGCGCAACUGGUGAUGAGGCACACACGGUUAAAUACUGUCCAAGCGGUCCGUAUAAUCCCAAUCCCAUUAGCACAGCAAAUGCCUUUAAGCUCGCGAGGAACUCUACGGGCAAAAUAGCAAGGAGGAGUAAGAAGCAAGCAACGUUUUGAGUGCAUAUCAACAUCAACUGCUGACACGUUAUCCCCGCAUACGUCCAAGUACCGAGUUAGACAAUCUAGUUCCCUAGGUUAUUGUAUACAUUGUUUUUUUUCGUACAUUUACAUUAGUUUGUAAACGUAAAUACUGACAGCUGACAUUAUUUGACACCCUCACGAAUAUGUCA